AUGGCUACCUCUUCUCCUCUCCAUUUACCCGAACUUCAUUUUCUCUCUCCACAAAUCACCACCAAACGCCUUAUUUCCCUCUCCAAACUCCCCUCCUCAGCUUAUUCCGCUUCCCGCCACGCUACUUCCUACGUCUCUCUCCGCGCCGCGCGAAUCAGCGCAAGCAGAGAAGAAUCAGCGUUGGCGGAGCGACUGGACGACGUCGAAUGGAGCGGAAACGGCGUCGCUGCCGCUAAUGGAAGGGGCCGAGUCGGUGCCGAUGGCAAUGGCUCCGUCGAGGGAUACGAUAACAGCGCCACUAACGGGAGUUUGGUGACGUACGGUUACGAAAACGGAAACGGCGUUGCUGCGGAGGUGGUGGUGGAGGUUGAAGCGUCCAAGCUAAGUGAGGAUGGCAGGAAGAAAAGGUUGGAGGAGAUUGGGCAAGAAGACGCGUGGUUUAAACAAAGCGGGAACGAACAAGUCGAGGUGGCAGUUGCGCCUGGGGGUCGUUGGAGCAGGUUCAAGACUUACUCUACAAUACAAAGAACCUUGGAGAUUUGGGGAUUUGUUGCGACGUUCAUCUUUAAGGCUUGGCUGAACAGCCGAAAGUUCUCUUACAAAGGAGGAAUGACUGAGGAAAAAAAAACCUUAAGGCAGAAGGCCCUUGCCAAAUGGCUGAAGGAAAGCAUCCUGAGAUUAGGUCCUACAUUCAUCAAAAUUGGCCAGCAGUUUUCCACAAGGGUUGACAUUCUUCCUCAAGAAUUUGUUGACCAGUUGUCUGAACUUCAGGAUCAAGUUCCUCCAUUCCCUUCAGAGACCUCUGUAGCUAUUGUGGAAGAAGAGCUUGGAUCUCCUUUAGGUGACAUCUUUGAUCAGUUUGACUAUGAACCAAUAGCUGCUGCAAGUCUUGGUCAGGUUCAUCGUGCAAGAUUAAAGGGACAGGAGGUUGUUGUUAAAGUGCAAAGGCCUGGUCUCAAGGGUCUUUUUGAUAUUGAUCUUAAAAACCUGAGGGUUAUUGCUGAAUAUCUUCAAAAGCUUGAUCCAAAAUCAGAUGGUGCAAAGCGGGAUUGGGUUGCUAUUUAUGACGAGUGUGCCUCUGUGUUAUAUCAGGAGAUUGAUUACACCAAGGAGGCUGCUAAUGCAGAAUUGUUUGCAAGUAACUUUAAGAACAUGGAUUAUGUGAAAGUUCCUACAAUAUACUGGGAUUAUACAACACCACAGAUUCUGACGAUGGAGUAUGUUCCAGGCAUUAAAAUCAACAAAAUACAAGCUUUAGAUCAAUUGGGUGUUGACCGCAAAAGUUUAGUUAGGAAGAUAUGCUGUUGA